AUAAGCAAGAUUUUUGCAUUCAUCAAAUAACUUGAAAGGGUUUCCCGUUAUUCAGUUAUAAAAAUGGCACCACGAGGAGUAAUAAAAAGACCUUAUGUGCUGUUCGAGAAUGACUAUGUUGAAAACAUUGAAAACACAGUCGCUCCGUCAGCGAAUGACAGAAAAAUGGACAUAGUGUGGCCUAACAUAAUCAUAAUUGUCGCAGCACAUAUUGGUGCUGUCUACGGUGCUUAUCUUUUUAUAGGACACGUCUACAUGUGGACCAGGGUUUUAGCCUAUAUUCUGUAUCUACUUUCCGGUUUGGGAAUUACAGCUGGCGUACAUAGACUCUGGUCCCACAGAUCAUACAAAGCUCGUUUUCCUUUACGGGUUGCUCUCGCUUUAUUCAAUACUAUCGCAUUCCAGUACCCCGUGCUCAAAUGGGCACGUGACCACCGAGUUCACCACAAGUACUCAGAGACCGAUGCUGACCCUCACAACGCCACUCGAGGGUUCUUCUUCUCGCAUGUUGGAUGGCUCCUGGUCCGCAAGCAUCCGGAAGUCAUAGCUAAAGGACGUACUAUAGAUCUCAGUGACUUAUAUGCCGAUCCUGUACUUCGUUUCCAAAACAAGCACUACAUGAAGAUUAUGCUCAUGACCUGCUUCAUUCUUCCUACAUACAUACCGACACUCUGGGGCGAGUCUGCUUGGAACGCUUUCUUUGUCUGCGGUAUCUUCAGAUUUAUUUUCGGGAUGCAUCUUACAUGGCUAAUAAACUCAGCAGCACACAAGUGGGGUAACAGACCAUAUGACAAGAAUAUUAACCCAGCUGAAAUAAAGCCUGUAUCACUGCUAGUAUUCGGAGAAGGCUACCAUAACUAUCACCAUACGUUCCCAUGGGAUUAUAAAACAUCCGAAUUAGGUAGUCCCUUUAAUUUUACUAAGUUGUUCAUUGACACGAUGGCUAAGCUUGGCUUGGCUUAUGACCUGAAAACAGUAUCUCCAGAAGUUGUUGCAAAACGAAAGAUGAGAACCGGCGAUGGUAGCAAGCAUGACAUGGAAGAUGAAUUUCCGUUUGUUGAUCCCAUUAAGUCUGAAUAA